GCAGACCUCAAUUGUCAAAAUGCCUAAGGAGAAGACUACCCGCAAGACCACCAAGCGCGUUGAGCGCAAGAAGAAGGACCCCAACGCUCCCAAGCGUGGUCUCUCCGCCUACAUGUUCUUCGCCAACGACAACCGCGACAAGGUUCGCGAGGAGAACCCUGGCAUCUCCUUCGGGCAGGUUGGUAAGAUGCUUGGUGAGCGGUGGAAGGCCCUGAGCGAUUCGGAGCGCCGCCCUUAUGAGGACAAGGCUGCUGCCGAUAAGAAGCGUUACGAAGAUGAGAAGGCCAGCUACAACGCUGCUGCUGAAGAGGAGGAGGAGUCGUCUUGAAGCUCCCUGAUCCCCUAGGUCUUAUUGAGUGGGACCCAAUGGCGUUUGUGUCUUUUCUCGUGUGACGUGUAUUUGUGGCUUUUCAUAUUCUAUUAUCUACUCAACGGCUUCUGGUACGGAUGACGGUGGUUUUUCCUCUCCUUGCUUUUCUGUUCAUGAAGGAUAUCAAUGGGAAAUGUUUACUGUACGGACUGGCGGCUUUCGGACACAUUUUGACUUGAAUCGAGGAGUCUGGGCGCUGAACUUCAGAGCUGCAGG